AUGCCUCCACGACACCAAACCCUUCCCCCAGCGCAAACCGCCGCCGCCCGCGAGGCCCUGCAGUCCUUCUACUGCCAGCUCUGCCAGAAGGGCUACAGCCGCCACAAUGAGUACGAGGCCCACCUGUCGUCCUACGACCACUCGCACAAGGUGCGCCUCAAGGAGAUGCGCGCCAUGACGCGUGACCCCGCCGCCGCUGCCCGCGCCCGCAAGGCCGAAGCCCGGGAGAACGGCGUCAUCAGCAUCCAGCUCGGCGGCGGGGGCGAGAAGCCUCAGACAGCCGGCGGUGGAGGGGGAGGUGGUGGUGGGUUCAAGAAAGGCGGGUUCAAGAAGUCUGGGUUCAAGAGCGCUUUUGCGCCAGCGGAUGGGGAUGGGGAUGCGGGCAAGGACAAGGAGGUCAAGAAUGAGGAUGAGGCUGUCGAUGUCAAGGUCAAGAGCUUGGAGUUGCAGCGUGCUGGUCGUGGUGGGGAGGUUGGUGAUGCUGAGAGUGAUACGGAGGACGAGGGUUACGAGAUGUACGACCCCAAGUUUCCAACCGACUGA